AUGGCUGGAAGGAAUGUCAAGCUUAACGUUCUUCAAUUGCUUGACGCCAGGUCCCCCUCUUUCGUACCACCGCGAUUCCACCAUAUCCGCGAUGGCACCAUCGGAGAGAACCGAAACGAACUGAUCGACUCGCAUCCCAGAAUCAUGAAUUUCGAAGCGGGUCAGCUCGCAAGAGGACCGCUCGAGGAAUUCUUCAAAACUGUGCUGCGGCCAGGUGUAUUGUUCCAAAGGGCCACGCACAUGGAUCUUGAGGCGUUUCAACGCAGGGAACGAAGCGAAGGAUGGAACAAGGGAAUGUCCUCGAUCGGCCCGAAUAAUGAAUCAAUCUUCAGCGUACAAUCGCCUCGUCUUCAUGUUGAACCGCCUAAGCGACGGUGCACGCAAUUCUUCCGGUGCGAGGCUAUAAGGAAGACGCGGUCCGGCGAGAUGAAGGUCGAUUUCGCACCAUCGAGGGAUAUACUUCAUGAAGAGUCCGAGCAUCCGUCCUGCGACGAGACGAUUAAGGUUUGA